GUUUUAGAAUGCUAGUUUAAGCUGAUAUGUGAUUGAUCUAAUGGUAAAACAGCACGAGGGCUCGAGAACUUUGACAGGUUACAAUUUUACUUGGAAACAGGAUGUAUCUGAAUUCUGAUUGGUUGUUAUAUUAUUGCCCUUUUGUUGUGUUCUUGAGCCCAGAGUGGGGGGAGGGGGGAGUGACAGGGUUCUACAGAGAAAAGUUUUCACUGCAACCGAACUGCUGUUUUCGUGACCACGCCCCCAGCGCGGAUAUUCAUGUUCACAUUGUUCAGUUUGUUUUUCUCUUUUAUUUUAGAUUUCUGUUAUCUGACUCUGGAUCCCAACACGGCACAUCGUCUCCUCAUUCUGUCUAAGAAGAACAGAGCGGUGAGAUACAGUGAGAGAGAGCAGCGUUACUCUGAUCAUCCAGAGAGAUUUGAUUCCUGGUGGCAGAUGUUGUGUAAGGAGAGUGUGUGUGGACGCUGUUACUGGGAGGUGGAGUGGAGCGGUAAUGGUGGUGUGUCCAUAUCAGUCUCAUAUAAAGACAUCAGCAGGAAAGGACGGGGUAAUGAGUGUCGUUUUGGAUUCAACAAUCAGUCCUGGAGACUGGGUUGUUUUUCUUCUUCUCUCUCUUUCUGUCACAACAGCAUUGAGACUGAUCUCAGAGUUCCAUCAGCCUCCAGAAUAGGAGUGUAUGUGGAUUACAGUGCAGGAACUCUGUCCUUCUACAGCGUCUCUGACACGAUGAAGCUCCUCCACAGAGUCCACACCACAUUCACUCAGCCUCUAUACGCUGGGUUUGGGGUCUACUGGAGUUCUACAGUGAGAUUGUGUGAUCCAGAAUAAAAGUGUGUGUAGUGUUUUCUGUAAAAUUCCUGCACGUUGCCACGCUGUUGCUCAGUCGUCUGUUUCACUAGAACACAAUCCAGCUGCACAAAAACACUCAUUUUAAUAUUUAAAUUAAAACAGAUGAAUAAUUUAAAAUAAUUAAAAAGGAAAUGUUAAAAAUUAACUGGCAGACAAGAAACUUGUCAAAUUUAAAAAGAAAAUGAUCUCAUGACCUUCGCAUUAUAAAGUUCUGUUU